GUUAAACGAGGCUGCCGAGUGAAGUGAACACACACACACACACGCAGGAUUACAGUCUCCUGUUUAUCGGUGAAAUAUCAGUUUUAAAUCCGCUCUCCACGCCGCUGAUGUGUGAACGGCAUGUCGCGGAGGAAACAGGCGAAGCCGCGGUGUGUCCACAUGGAUCCCCCUGUACACUCAGACUUCCACAUAAACAAUAGGAGCUCUCAGGCUUGUGAUGUCCAUGUGUGUGAAAAUUGCUGCGCUGAGUUUUUAAGCUUCUCAGAUCUCCAUGAACAUCAGAUGAGUUGCUCUAAGAAUGCACUAGUACUAAUAGUGAGUGAAAAUGGAGGAUUGACCUCUGCGUCUUCGUGUUUCACGUUUAAUUCACCUACUCAGAGUACAGAGGACCAAACAAAUAACAGCAUCAGUACUGAAGAUACUGAAGGAUUAUACGACACAAUACUUGAGGAAAACAGAAAAUCUUCACCUGUGUCUGACAGCAACAGUGACAACGCCAGUCAUUUCCAAUCAGAUAAUGAGAACAAUAUUGAAAAUCUGAGUACAUGCAUUGAUAACCUAACUUCAGAGUACUCAACGGUUAUGCCUGAACCAGACUCUUUACCUGAACUGAGUAAAUUAUCGUCCACCAGCAGCAAUGUCAUCAUUGAGAAUUUAGAAAGUACAAAAGUGGCUGUGGCACAGUUCUCUCAGGAUGUAUGUUUGAAUGCCCUGGUUAACAGCAGUAAUCUAACCAACAGCCACACGACCAUAAUGAGUCUGAUUGAGCAACUUGUUGCUGUACAACAACAGCAGGUGCAGCAGCUGAAGCUCAUUGAGCAAAUUCAACAGCACAUAUUACUGUUAUCAGCCCAUAAUACAGACACACACGUACCCUCCAGCACCUGCCAAGAUACAUCAGAGAUUUCUCAGACUGGCCCUCUAAUAACACUUAGCUCACACCUCUCCCAGCAGCUAGCAGAAGCUGCAGGCCUAGCACAAAGCCUGGUGAGUCAGUCUGUCAGCAUUAGCAAACUCGGACAACUUAAACAUGCGGUAUUCUCCAGCAACCAUGAUAGCACGGCACUCUUGAGUGUCCAAGAUAUCACUCAAAUGACAAAUGUAGAUAGAAGCAAAAUUGGCAUGUAUCCAUCUGAAAAACAAUCUGACCAUGACGAUACAUUUUCUAGACAGCAGAGUGGCACAAUUCACUCCCCUUCCACUGUUUCAGCUGAUAGCACACCAGAUUUAACAAAUACUCUCAGUCUACCUCAUAGUCCUACUGGAAAUUACAUCUUUGAAAACUCGUUGCCAAGCAUUGGGGCAAUUGUGGAGGACUUGAAUGCCUUGACUGCUUUAGCUCAACAAAGGAAGAGCAAACUGCCCAAUAUGAUUUCAUUUGAGCACAAAAGGCCUUUUGAUGAAGGUUUGUUUAAACACAAAUGCAGAUUUUGUGCCAAGGUAUUUGGAAGUGACAGUGCAUUACAGAUACACUUACGAUCCCACACAGGAGAGAGACCAUACAAAUGCAACAUAUGUGGGAAUCGGUUUUCAACACGGGGAAACCUAAAAGUUCACUUCCAACGUCAUAAAGAAAAAUAUCCAAACAUUCAAAUGAAUCCUUAUCCAGUUCCAGAGCACUUAGACAAUGUUCCAACGAGUACUGGCAUCCCAUAUGGCAUGUCCAUGCUGCCAGAUAAGCCUGAGUCCAAGUGGUUAGACAGCAAACCAUCUGUGACCAGCCUACCUGGUUUGUUGUUAACUUCAUCUUUGCCAAGUCUUCCAAGCAUAAUUAAAAGAGAGGCACAAGUGGUAUCAGUUGGUAGACCUGCUAGUCCUGGCACUGGUGGUGUAAAUGGUUUUGAGAGUGGUAACAACAAUAAAGAAGAAUCCAGCAAUGAUCAUUUUCCAACACUAAACAGAAAAUAUAAAGAACUAAAAUACCUGAGCGCACAAACAUAUUUAAACUCCUCUGGAAAAGGUUCAGAAGACCACAGCAGUAAUGGCAAUACAUCUAACCAUACAGAUUCAUUCAUCCCACUCCUGCAUGUGGAUAUCAAACCAAAAUUAACAGUAGGGGGUCUAUCAGAUUGUAGAGACACUUCAGAAACCACCAAGCUGCAGCAAUUGGUUGAGAAUAUAGACAAGAAAAGCACAGAUCCCAACGAGUGUAUGAUCUGUCAUCGUGUACUUAGUUGCCAGAGUGCUCUCAAAAUGCACUAUCGCACACAUACAGGUGAGAGACCGUUCAAGUGCAAGAUAUGUGGACGGGCUUUCACAACCAAAGGCAACCUCAAAACGCACUAUAGCAUCCAUUGUGCCAUGCCACCUUUGAAAGUGCAGCAUUCGUGCCCCAUUUGCCAAGUAAAAUACACAAAUGCCAUGGUUUUGCAACAGCACAUACGCAUGCACAUGGUGAGACAAGUCACCAGUGUUACCCUCCCAGAAAAGGACCAAAAAUCAGUAGAACCUGAUGCAUGCUCAGGAGAAGAGAAGAAUCUGGAUGAGAACCUUUCAGAUGAGAACAUGGAAAUAACCGAGAGUUUUUCAGAGUCCAAAGAUGCAGUAUCAUCCCAGGACAGUCUGUUUUCAUCUCUUACCUCAUUGCACACUAACAAGACAUCUGGGGAAGAGGAAAUGAUACAAGAGAAGGAUUUACUAAAUGGCAAGUUAGAGAACGUGUCAAUAGAAGGAGAUCAUUUGUCUCUCAAGUCAUAUCUUGGUAAUGACCUUGCGAACCAACGAUCAAGGAGCCCUGCUUGUCCUGAAAUCACAUAUUCUUGGGACUCUUUGUCUAAAAAUGGCUUACUAGACAAUUAUAGAUCCCUUACAUUUGAGACUCACCAGAAAACAUCAAACACAGAGCUGACUGGCACAGGUCUCUUACAGCCAAAUUUGACAUUUGAUUCAACACCUGCUGAUAUCCUAAAACAAGGAAUGACCAUUAAGCUUUCUUCAGGUGAACAGGGAACCUCGAAGAACAAUGCAUGUGAUGUCUGCAACAAGACAUUUGCCUGUCAGAGUGCCUUGGACAUUCACUAUCGUAGUCAUACCAAAGAGCGACCAUUCAUAUGCACUACGUGUUACAGGGGGUUUUCCACCAAAGGGAAUCUAAAACAGCACAUGCUCACACACCAGCUGCGAGAUCUACCUUUACAGUUAUCUGAACAAGCCAGCGAGAAUCUUGUUUCAACACCGAAUCCACCUGAUCCCUCUAUGGGCCACUUAGUUUGCUCAAAAGUAAAGAUGAAAGUCAACAGCAUCUUAAAUAAAGAUGGCAAAGAUGCAGCAUUAGGCAUGAUGACGUCCUCAGGUCGCUCAAUGACUGUUCUUUCAGAACCACCAGCACCAUCCCGGAAAACCUUCAAACAGCAUUUCUGCCGCACUUGUGGAAAGACAUUCUCUUCUUCCAGUGCUCUACAAAUUCACGAGAGGACCCACACUGGAGAGAAGCCUUUUGCCUGCACUGUAUGUGGACGUGCCUUCACCACUAAAGGAAAUCUGAAGGUUCACAUGGGAACCCAUAUGUGGAACGGUUCUCCAGCUCGCCGGGGUCGCAGGCUCUCUGUAGAAGGUCCUUUUACUGUCCUUAAAUCCAAACCUGUAAAAAAUCCAGACACUCUUUCAAAAGAAACUGUCAAUAGCAAUGAGUCUAUUAGCUUCUGGAAUCAAUAUGUCACAGCACCUCUCACUACUGGCUUGGCGUUGAAAACUAAUGAGAUCUCUGUGAUUCAGAAUGCAAGUAUACCACAAGUGUCCCUUUCUGAUGGACGUGGAGGAAAUUCACCUGUUGGUGGAUUCACAGCAAGUCUUGAGAAAACACAUAAUAUAGAAAUCAAAAGAGAUGUUCCUUGGAUUGAGAGGCUUGGUGAGAAUGGGACAUGUUUUCACAUUACACCAUUUAUUGAGGAGAGUAAAACUGAUUAA